AGAAGAGAAGCAAUUCGUCAUUUGCAGACGUUGUCGUCGUGGUAAUAAUAAAAAAAAGAAAGAAAAAUAGCACCCAAGAAUACUUUUUCCCGGCAGUAUAGCCUUUGCUUUUCGUGCUCUCUCUCCUAUCGAAGCUAACACGUUACUACAGAGAGGGUAGAUUGCUUUUACAUACAUAAAAAGAACUAGUUGACUUGGUAAAAGCAGUCUCACUCUGUCAGUAACUGUCUGCUUGCUCCCCCCCCCUCUCAGAUCUCGUAGACGAAAGCAACGCGGAGAACGUAUUGACAGUCUGGCAGUAGCAGCUGAGAAGUAGCUAAAGAAGGCUUCACACCUUUUUUUUUUCACAUCUACUUGCGCGUCAGGGUUUACUGGGUUUCUUUGAGUGUUUGUGGUAAAAUAAGUCGCAUAGACAGCACAAGAAGACGUCCCGCACCAUGAGCAGCAACCCCAAUCGAGGAACAACGUUUGGCAACGAGCAAACGCGUCCGCAGGUGAAGUACAACCUGGCUGCCUUGCGUCUCGCGCAGUCGCCCAACAACGGUCAAAGCGGGCAGGCCCGCGUUGUGUCCGGUGCGCCAGCCCCCGCUCCUACAACCCUCACCACCGCAAAAGCUGUCUCCCCUUUCGGUCCCACUGCCUCGUCUAGCAAGAGCACCGUUACCCCGUCUUAUGCUGCGGUGGCGAGCGGCGCCAGCACGGCUCGAGGCGAGGUGACAACGGCGACGACCACCACCUCCAACUCAGUCUCCCCGACAGCUGCACUGCUAGCGGCACUGCAUAUUGCCGGUGAUGAUCGCACCGCGGCCACCGCGAACACGCAAACAAAUGUGACGUCUUCGCCGGGCCCGACAGCGAGGUACACGGCAAGCUCCACCCUUGCGCAGCCGGCACCGCCUGCUGCUGUUUCUGCUGUUGCCACCACCCCUCCCGCCGCCCCUCCCGCCCCUCCCGCCGUGCCGCCGGCUCCUCGGUCGUCGUCGUCCCUCAACGGUGCUGCUCCGGCUCCGCCCCUUGGUUCGCCGUACCCCGACCCCGCACCCUUCAGCACGGCGACCCGCUUCCCUCCCAGGACGCUGCCCUUUCCCCAGGCACCCACUGGAAACGGUGAGGCGGUGUCCUUUGCGGGUGCGCAGAGCACUGAUCCCUCCCGACGUCCAGGGCCGAUGAUGAUGCCCAUGACGGGCAACGCGCCGCCGCCGAUGCCCCACUCGCAGCAGCUACGGCCACCACAGCCGUCGCCAAUGCAGCAACGGCCUCAGCAGCAACAACAACAACAACAGCAGCAGCAGCAGAUGCAGCAUGGCGGCGUGCCGUUCGCUCAAUCCGCGCUGCAGCUCCCGCAGCGGCGAGGUUCGGACCCGACCUAUACGAGAUCGGCGUUCGUCAAUCCGUUUCAGCAGUCGCUUCCGUUGAACUCGCAGCCGCAGCCGCAGCCGCAACCGCAACCGCAGCAACUGCAGCAACUGCAGCGGCAGCCGUCGCCGAAUUCGUCUGUGACGCGCAGCAACCUCAGCGGACCUCUCACUCCCUCGCAGCCUGGAAAGACGUUUCUCGCUCAGUCACCGCUGCAACCAGCCCAAUUCCAGCAACCGCAAAUGCAGCCACCGCAGGCGUACCAAGCAAGGCCACAGCAGACGAGCAACUCCGACCUCGGUCCGCGACAGCAGAGGGACGUUCGCACCAUUCCCGGUCUUGCCCCACCGGACCAUCAUCUGCCGCCGCCACCACAGCAGCCAUCGCCGUCCUCCUCGUCCGCGCCCCCUGCGUCGAUGUACACCGCCUUUCCACCCGACUUCACACCUUCGCCUCCAGCUCCAGCAGGGCAGCAUCCAAUGCAACUGAACCCGCAAGUGCGUCAGCCUGCGCCGCAGAUGCAGCCUUCUGCCAGAGACCAGCCCCCGUUUUUCAUUCCACAUCAUCAUCAUCAGCAGCAGCAGCAACCGUUGCGUUUUCAGGUGCCCCAGCCGCUGUCGAGAGGCGGUGUUUCCGGGCGUCCUGGAAUGCCACCGCACACGCUGCCGACCGCUGCGGUUGCUGCUGCUGCUGCUGCGGCUCCGCUAGGAGCGACGCCGCCUGCGUCGAACCAUAUCCCUUCGCCCGUCAACCUCUACAGCACGGCCCCUCAACAUGGAUCCUCACUACCACCGCAGGUGCCUUCAUUUGCUGCGCAGCCGGUGAGUGACAGCCGCGUGGCGCCUUCGCCUCCCACGGCUGUUACUCCCUCCGUGUCUCCCGCAGCUGCCAACGCCGCGGGUGCUUCGGUGGCGGUACAAAAUGUGGAUCUCCAGCAGGUGCUGCAGCGUAUGGGUAUCCCGUCGCACGUUGCCGCUACCCCUCCGUCGGCGACCCAAGCAGCAGUUCCCACGGCUGCGGCGACGCAGGCGGAUCCCGCUUCCACUUUCCCCUCGUCGUCCUCCCACCCCAACGCCGCAGUCGCCGAGCAGCUCUCUCAGCUGAUGCAUCAACAGGCACCGCACCAGCAGCAGCAGCAGCAGCAGCAAGUCCCGCUGAACUUCUACGCUACCCCUGCAGGUGCCUCCGCCUCCCAGCGUCCGCUGCCCCAUCCGCAACAGCAGCAACAACAGUACCCGCAGCCGCGAUCCCAGCAGCAACGGUAUGGGCAGCGUAACGGCCGUGGUGGUAUCCAGCAAUACCACAAUCCGUCCCCGCAAUAUCAGCAACAGCAGCAGCAGCAUCCGCAAGCGUACAGGCGUGGCGCGGGAGGUGCUCCGGCUGGUUACGCGCCAAACACGCGUGCUGCUCCUGUGUCGCACUUGACGGCGCCGGAUCCCGAGGUGCUGGAGCGCUUCAAGACCGAGUACGCGCAGCAGGAAGACACGGAGAGCGUCAGCGACGAGCUAAAGGCGCAGCAGUCCACCAAACUCGGCACCGUCGGCACCCUUGACGAGACCGUCUGCCUCUCCUUGAUUGAAAGCCACGACGUCACUUUUGUGAUCACCGACACCGGCACGGGCAAGAGCACGCGCAUCCCCAUCGCACUGCACAAGGAGCACCCGGACGCCCUCAUCGUCAACGCACAGCCGCGACGCACGGCGGCCAUCAACCUGGCCCAGCGCGUCGCAGAGGUGCUGGACGCGAAGAUGGGCGAGGAAGUUGGGUACUCUGUCCGCGGCGAACACAUCGGCGACCUUGGCGAAACAAAGUUGAUGUACGUGACCACGUACAGCCUCUUCAUCUACUUUCUCUGGCACGAGUUCAAGGAGAAGCUGCCUUUCACCUACAUCAUCGUUGACGAGUUUCACGAGCGCACGCCAGAUGUCGAGGUCAUCUUGCUGAUGCUGAAGCUGUGGCUCAAGAAGCACCCCAAUGCGUUCAAGCUGAUUCUGUGCAGCGCGACGGCGCAGGUCGAGGAGUGGCACAGCUUCUUUGACGGCCUCAACGUCGGCACCUACUCCCGUUCGCCCAUCAUGUACCCGAUACGCGAGUACUUUAUCGAGGACUUGCAGAAGUUGGUGGGCUUUCGCACUACUCCUAUCGCGCCGCAGGACAGCAACAAUAUGGUCGCGUCGGAACAGAUGCACCAGCUGAUUCUGGUGUGCAAGCAGCUGGUGGAAUACUUGGCGAAGAACACCGCCACGCAGGACAGCGUGCUGAUCUUCAUGCCCGGCCGGACGCAGGUGGAGCUGAUGGCGACGUGGAUGCGCGAAAAUUUGGAGGAGUCCGUCGAGCCUGUUGCGUGGUACCGCGAUGUUGAGUUGUCGGUCAUUCAGGAAGCGCUGGCGAGAUCUGCGGUGACGCGCAAGAAGGUCUACGUGGCAACCGAUAUCGCCGAGGUGAGUCUGACCCUACCGGACGUGGUUUUCGUCAUCGACUCCGGCACAGGGAAGCGUCCACAGGUGUCUGCAAAUGAGCAGACGAGUUACGCGUUUCCGCCUCUGCGUCUGCUGUGGGAGACGGCCUCGAACGCGCAGCAGCGCCGCGGCCGCGUAGGUCGUGUGCAGCAAGGCUUCUACUUCAGCCUGCUGAGCCGGCAACACCACCAGUCACUACGCGAGACGGAGAAUCGCAUCAAAAAUGCUGUCCUCACGGAGCUCGUGUUGCACUCGCUGCUCGUUACGCAGAAGCCGUUUGCGUUCUUCCAGUUGUGCAACGAGCGGCCAGAAAAUGGGGCUUUGUCGUACAGUCUACACCUUCUCCAAGACGGUGGACUCAUCGUCGGCAAGGACAACCCCUUGGCGGAGGCGGAGCGAGUGGCGCUGGAUCGCCCGCGCACGAAUCAUGUCAUGGACUCGCCGUGGAACGCGCUGAUCGAAGAGGCGCUUGCUGCCGCGCAGUCGACCUCUGCUAAUGCAGAAACGGCACCCACCACCACUGCACUUGCUGGUGAGACGGCUCAGAAGGCAGCGCUCUCGAGCCCCAGUGGCGAAUCCCAACAGCAGAGGAGGGACCCGUACGCGGCAGACAACGACGAGGACGACGACGUGCGGCUUCCCGAGGCCGGGGGCGAUGCCUUCCAGCAGUGCUAUUACAUGACCCUGCGGGGUGUCAUCGCGGCGCGCUCGCCGGUGUCGGUGGCCGCUGCGACGAACAUCUUCUACGGGCUGCUCUGUGGCACUCCGACGCUGAGCAUGCUGGCCGCCGCGAUCGAGUCGUCCAAGUCGCCCUUCCACGUCCCCUACACCAUCAACGACCGCGCGGAGCGGGCAGUGAUGGUGCGGGCGGUGUCGCAGACAAUGCAGCGCUACCACGGCUCCCUGCAGAGCGACCUGAUCUGCGCCAUGGAGGUCAUCCUCGAGUACAUGAGCAUGCAGCGCGAUGGAUUGUCGGAGGAGGCGCAGGAGGAGUGGUGUCAGGAGCGCAGCGUGAGCCGUACCCGUGUCGUGGACACGCUGAACCUGUUCGCGCAGAUGAAGGAGCAGGUGAACUCGGUACUGCCGUUCCCGGAUGUGACAGAUAUCGACGUGCUCACGGCGCAGUUCAACCAAAACGCGGAGCUACUGGUGCUGAUGCUGGUGGCCUCGCACACCGAGCUCGCGAUUCAGGUGCAACUUGAUGGCCCGGUGGCGCAGAAGAAGGGCUUCGUGGGCCACGGGAUGUUCUUCCCGCUAAAGUGCCUGAAGGACGAAUCGGUGCCGACGGUUUGCCCGUGGGAUCGCACAAAGAUCAGCGUGCCACUCUCACUACAGACGAUGCAGCGGAAGGUGCUUGCGGUCUUCUCUUCGCAGGUGGAGCCGGACUUGUUUGCGCUGGUCGUGCUUGUCUUCUCCUUCAAGCUGCGCUACACCGUGCUAGAGAGCGAUACGGUGCCGUCCUACCUCAUGUCAGUCAGCCACUCCGGCAUCAGCCGUACGUUUCAGUGCGACGUGCUCUCGGCACAGCAGAUUCUACAGCUGCGCCGUAUUCAGUGCGCGCAGCUGCGCAGCAUGCAAGUGCAGGUGGAGGAGGGCGUCAAGGCGAAUGACAGCGAGAGACUCAGCGCGGUGCUGCAGAGCGCCAACAGCGACUUCGGACUGCCAAGGAGCGCAAUGGAGACGCCGUACCUUAUUCCCACCGUCCUCCAACACGGUUUGAAGCUGCUCGUGAGCCGACUUCGCACUUCUCCGUCGUUUGCCGCGCUGAAGCAGCCCAUCACGGACUUCCUGCCGGGGACUGCCUACUGCAAGCUGCAGCACAACACCCAGCUCACGCCGCCCAUCUUGCAGUCGGUGCUGAUUCACAGCAGCAACGGGUUGUCUGCGGCCGAGCCAGUCGCGUCGCCGGCGUCUGCAAAGUCGACCACAACGAGCGACGUCGCGGCUCCUGCACCGUCGAUGGCGGCGGCUACCGAGGUGGAAGCGGAGGUGGACGAUGAGGCGAGCGAGUCGGGCAGCGAGGACCACGUCGCCACCUUCCGCUAUGAUUUGUAG